CCGCAUUACAUCUAGCUACGCGCAAAGCAACUCAUAAGUCACCUCUAUCUAACAGCAAGAAAACGGAUAUGCCAGGGGAAGAUCACGAUUACACUACUUUGAACAAUGGUGUGGAAAACAUGAAUGACAAUAAUGAUUCAAGCUUGAAGAGACCUGCCGUGGACGAAUUAGACGCUACCUCAGCUAAAGCAAGACGAACCUCGGUAUCCGAUGGCAAGGACGGCAAAGACAUGGCGUUAACAGAUAAGGACGAAGAUGGGUUGGACGAUGAUAGCAGCGGGCAAGAUCACAACCAACAGCAGGACGACGAUGAUGACGAGGACGAGGACGACGACGUUUCUAGUCUCAGUAACCAGUUGCCGAUGCUCACAGCUGAGCAACAACAACAAUUAUUACAGACAUAUGCACAAGCCAGCGGACAGGAUUUAGCUCAUCUGACAGCGUCUUCUUUAGCACAAGCCAUGGUAUCACCAAUAGCUGUUCCUGGACUAACGUCUAGUUUGCUACAAUCUUUGCAAGGCGGCAGUGUCAUCACCUCAUUACCUGGCCCACCGCACCUUUCUGGAAAUCUUCGCGCAGAUGGGACAGGGGACGUAGAUGGAGGAGACAAGCGAACAUCUAGUACACGUAAUCUCACGAAUGACGAACGACGGCAGCGACGACUGUAUCGGAAUAGGGUGGCGGCCAAGGAAUGCCGCAAAAAGAAGAAAGCUUCUAUACAAAGCAUGGAGGAACGAGUGCACCAACUCGAGGAGGAGAAUGACAAUUUACGGAAAGAGCUGGACGAGAUCAACGCCAAGCUGGCAAUGGGAUCAAUGCAAGGAUCGGACAGUUAUCGGUUGAUGAAGGAGGUAGAAGAAUUAAAUGCUAAAUUGGGACUAAGCCAAAUGGCGAAUGCAGGACACGCUUUGACAGCCGCCGUGGUAGCCGCCGCAGCAUCGGCCCAUCAUCACCAUCAACAACAAGGAGGUCAGACUUCGGCAGAGCAACAGAAAUUUGCUCAACAGCUUCAACAACAGCUUGCCGAACGAUCCAAUGCUGCUGAAUCGCCAAAAUCUAAACUCGAGAACCAAUGAUGUAGCUUCCAACUAAUAGUUGCCAAUAGUCUUUUUUUAUAUCUGGAAUAAUAUUUGUGUCAAUGUCAUUCAUUGUUUUUGCUAACAAUUGACGCAGUAAAGUUAUUAUCUCUGCUGGAUUGGGCAUUGUCUCUUGCAAACCAUGUUGUAAGUGUGCAGAGGAAACAGACACUUUUAAGUUUGGUCGAUAAAAUCUUGGUUGAAGGAUGGUGGCAAAUCAUCUGG